UAUGUAGCCCCGAGGCCAACAGGUUCAGACGUGGCCGCCACCGCUGGAGUGCGUAAGGACGGUUGGCGGUGCACGCGCAGUGGAGACGACUGUAUCCGCCGUCACAGACUCCUGCCUUUCCUCUUUCGCCGCCUAGGAGCGAAGGAGACUCCGGCCUCGUGCGGAGCUGUGCCCGCCUGCUAAACUUGGUGGAGCGCGUCUACGGAACGGAAGGCUCGUCUUCUUCACGGGAGUUGCUCACCGCCGCCCUCGGCGGAUCGUAGCUUUGUUCUUUCCCUGUCUGCGUCUCUGCCGUUGCGUCGGCGACGCAUCAGGUUAACGGUGUCGGGUGUCGUGCGAGCGAGCUAGUCGACACUCGGCCGCCGCCGUCACCGCUGCGUCGAGGCUGUGCGGCCGCAUGCCCUGCCCGCCGGCGCGUGUCGAACUCCAGCGGUCUCCGUGGCACUGACGCUGAUUCGGCCAUGGUCCGGCUCGAUAACGCCACGCUCGACGCGGCCCGCCUCAUCCCGGUGUGGCAGAGAACUCAAGUUCGAGCUGGCCUAACGCGGCACCUGGUGUUCGCCAUAGCGGCGGCAGCUUUGGGCUCAGCCUUUCAACAUGGCUACAACACGGGCGUGGUCAACGCUCCGCAGAAGCUGAUCGAGGACUUCAUCGAAGACACGUACAAGCAUCGCUUCGAAGAGGAUCCCGGCGAGGGUACCGUCAAGUUCAUCUUCAGCAUCUUCGUGGCCAUCUUCUGCGUCGGAGGCAUGAUGGGCGGCCUGCUCACUGCCUUCGUGGCCGAGCGCUUCGGCCGCAAAGGAGGCCUGCUCCUCAACAACAUCAGCGUCUUCCUCGCUUCCAUCCUCAUGGGGGCGUCUAAGUCUGCCCGCUCGUACGAGAUGCUAAUCCUGGGCCGGUUCUUCGUGGGCCUUAGCUCGGGCCUGAACGCGGGCCUGGCGCCCAUGUACCUAACGGAGAUCUCGCCAUUGCACCUGCGCGGUGCUGUGGGCACCAUCUACCAGCUGGUGGUGACCAUCUCUAUCCUGGCCAGUCAGAUACUGGGUCUGCCCUCGGCGCUGGGCACAGCAGACCGGUGGCCUGCGCUGUUCGCCAUGACCAUUGUGCCCAGCCUGUUCAUGCUGGCCACGCUGCCGCUCUGUCCUGAGUCACCCAAGUACAUUCUCAUCAACCAGGGCCGAGAUGUGGCCGCCCAACAGGCUCUCACCUGGCUACGGGGCACUAUCGAGGUGCACGACGAGAUGGACGAGAUGCGUGCCGAGUACGAAGCUAUCAAGAUGGUCUCCAGGGUCACCCUGUACGAGAUGAUGCACAACAUGACGCUACGGAUCCCUCUGCUUAUCUCUGUCAUGGUCAUGCUGUCCCAGCAGCUAUCGGGUAUCAACGCGGCCAUUUUCUUUUCGACCGACAUCUUUCGGUCGGCAGGCCUCAACUCCGAAGUGGCGAUGCAGGCCACGCUGGGCAUGGGCGCCGUCAACGUGCUCAUGACCGUCGUGUCGCUAGUGCUGAUUGAACGGGCGGGCCGUCGCACCCUACAUCUGGUCGGCCUCGGCGGCAUGGCCAUCAUCACAGUCAUUCUAACGAUCUGCCUGGCACUGAGCGAAAGCGUACCAUGGCUGUCGUACGUGAGCAUCGUGGCUGUCAUCGGGUUCGUGGUCAUGUUUGCCACGGGUCCUGGCUCCAUCCCCUGGUUCCUGGUGGGCGAGCUCUUCGGACAGGGCGCGCGGCCGCUCGCCACUAGUAUCGCCGUGGCUGUCAACUGGAGCGCAAACUUCCUUGUUGGGCUCGCCUUUCUACCAUUAACGGGCGUGCUCCACCACUUCACGUUCCUCAUAUUCACGGCGCUGCUGGUGUUCUUCUGGAUCUUCACCUACUACAUGGUGCCCGAGACGAAGAAUAAGAGCGUGGAAGAGAUCGCCGCGCUGUUCCGCCAGCGGGCCUACCACUGAGCUGCGGGUGGCUCCCCCUUGCGCAAUAGCGGCCGACAGAUGCGCGGCCCGAAGCACAAUAAGAGGACCGCCGCAGUCGGCGCCACGGGCUGACUGCGGCUCUUCCCACCCACCCGUAGGGCAUACCGCGGCACUACCACCGAGCUCAGCCCCAGACAUCCUCAGGCCGUCAUCGCCCGCUGGCAGCAAAUAAGGGCGCCACCAUACACACAGUGCUUCUGGAACUCUCAGCGAAAUAGUUUUACCUCCUAUAGCGCUCUUACCCGUCAACUCUUCAGACCCGUGUGUACGGCUUGACUGCAGACGGGUUCGAAGCCUCCGUCGAGAUCCUGUGUCGUCGUUUUGUCGUUGGCUCCUGUGUGUCUCUGUCGGAGAGAGAGCGUGCGGCCUCCACAGUCGCUGGAAGUCUGUGGAAGCGCGUCUCUUUUAAACCUGGUGCAGCUCGUAAUAGGCCGUGUGGCAUAUCGUCCGGAGUUUUUAGAUUUCCCCACUCCACGCAACCCAACCCCCACCUGAUCGGUUUACCUUUACACGUCCGCUCUGAGCUUUAAGCGAUCAAAGGCGUCUACCACGACCAGUGGCAACUCGGGGCGGACGUGUCGGCCCACACGGCUCGCUAAUGACGGGCACUGUGUGGGCGAAUGAUGAUAUAUAGGCGACUUCCAUCGAUGUUGGUCAGAUAACAGAGUGGUCCUAUGACGCGCACUUGUGAUAAUACUUGGACGACCUGCGACCGAUGCUACUUACUGUAUGCAGCAGCAGCAGUCUGUGCGUGAGAGAGAGAACUGCCUUGGCUGCACCCGUCUGCGGUCUUCCUCCUGUACAAAACGUUGCCCAAUAGAGCGGUACAGUAAUAGAAACCCUCCCCGCGUAAGCUCAGUCACAUCCUCCGACUGUAGGUUGUCGUGUCUCCUCAGUGCGAGCAAAGCGGCAUCUGUGCUCGCUGCCGGCAUCCUUCCUUGCAGCGUGUAGCCGAGGGUGACCCUGGGGUUCGUGCGUGUGCCAAUCAUCUCUAGCACAACAAGCGGCUACACUAACGACAGUGGUAGCAAGGAAUCUCCAGCACAUCCAAGCAUAUAAACCAAGAAGCAGCUGGCUGUUCAGUUACGCAGGACAUUGGAACAGCAAGUUGGUUCGAAUGUGUGGCGGUGGGUCGAGCUCGCCCGCGCGUUUUAUUGUAAGUUUUUUAGUGCUCCGCCACACGUAUUAUCCAUCUUUUUUAAUCAAAAUUCGCACCUAAAUAUUUAUUUUAUUGUCUGGCAAUGUGUUGCACCCUUUAAAAUGAAGGUUUGCGAUGUUGAGGACUCGAGGAUAUGCAUGGAAUGCAAAUUCUGGGACCCGUGGCUGCUUCUGUGAUGUGUAGUUGAUGUGCCCACCGACCCUACCGCGUCGAUCUUGCCGUGGAGUUUUAUGCGUACAUUGGAAGAGGAAAAUGUGGUGCUUGUGUCUGUAGGAGUCGCCAGCAUGGCGGUUCAACCAACAUGGGGAUGAUUGGUAGUGCGUGAAUUUUUGUUGUGCUACAUCGAACACCUUUGUGCAUUGUGUCUUCUUGUGCUAACGUUUUCAACACUUCUUUGUCGUCUCGAAUUUGUUCGAGGGCACUCGUUAAUUUAAACGCUGAGUUACUAUCAUUCGUCAUCUUUGAACGUUUUGCACAGUACAUAUAAAAAAUAAGUUGCUUCUUGGGGACGGCAAAGCUAGCUGACACAUGAUUGCGUUAUAAAGUGUUCCCUCCCAUGCUUUCUACCUCUCAUCAGGUAGCGUUUGCCCGAACUCUUUUGCCACAUCGAGUACUUUUUAAACAACUUGACGGCACCUCGUUUGCUUUCGCUUUCAUUCAAUUCAAUCAAGCGUCCUGAGAGCUUUCAUUGUCAAACCAUCGAUAUCUGCGAGGCAUCAAGCCACUGCAAUUUCCGCCGUGCCGUCCACAAACUCAUUAUGUGCAAAAAUGUUAUGUAGAAGGCACAGGACGAUGGUACUUUGCGAAUUAAUUGGUGACAUCUAUUCUUUCUUUCAUCAGGUCUGCGUCUUUCCUGUGCGCGUUUCAGGGCAUACGGAUAAUCGGAGAGCAGCUGUCGUAUACACAUAGUCCCAUGAUGGUUGAGCUUUUACAGCGCCACGCUGCCUUGUAACUUUAGCAUGAAACUCCAUGGCCCACGUGACUUGGGCUGGUGGCCCCGGGGUCACCCUACACCCGCCGCCGGGCCCAACGCGAUGCAGGGCGACUGCAGUUCCCGCUGGACGGUGCAGUUAGCCUGCCGGUAACCGAGCGGCAGCUAUGUAUUUUAUCUUGACACUCUUUUAGGCGGCGCUACCUUGUACAUAGAGGAUGGCAUUUAUUUUUGUGCAUAUAGGGCAGCUAACAAUAUGAGGAGAGCUUAGCAGCAGAGGUGUCCCUCCGCGGAGGCUGCAGUGCGUGUUCUACAGGAGUGACCACUAUAGUUGUACAUACUUUGCGGUAAUAAACAGAUUGUGCACUGUCUCGAAA